AUGUCAGACUACAACUUCGAUGACGUGGAACCCGUCAAAAUAAAUGAAGAGUACCCUCAGCUCUGCCAGAUUCUUUACGACGAAGAAUACACCAAAACCAUGGGAAUUCUUCUUGCUUUGCUCCAAAAAAGCGAGUACUCAGAAAGAGCUUUCUUUUUGACUCAGAAGGGUAUAGAAUUGUUAGCUUCACAUUAUACCAUUUGGAUCUACAGAUUCGACAUUUUGAUCCACCUCAACAAAGAUUUGUUUGAAGAGUUGGACUGGUGUGAACAGAUCGCCUUGGAAAACGAGAAAAACUACCAAAUCUGGAACUAUCGCCAGUUGGUGAUUUCACGUAUUGUAGCCACCACCGACAAGUCGCUGUCCAAAAAAUUCGAACCCCACCGCGAGUUUCCCAUUUUAGAAGCCAUGCUUGACUCCGACCCCAAAAACCACCAUGUAUGGGCGUAUCGUAAAUGGUUUGUUGAGAAGUUUGCCUUAUAUGACGAUUCGAAAGAGAACGAAUUUGUCAACGGAGUUAUAGCUGCUGACUUGCGUAACAACUCUGCUUGGAGCCACCGGUUUUUCUUGAAGUUCUCACAGGACAAGGAAAUCAAUAAACAGGUCUUUGAGGCAGAGUCGGAGUUUGUCCAAGCUAUGAUUGCAGAUUCCCCUCAGAACCCUUCCACUUGGAACUAUCUUACAGGAAUGUACAACAAGUACAAACAGUCCUUGUCUGAGUUGGAGGAGUUCUGCUUGAAAUUCGUACAGUUUGUGGAUGGUCAAGUCCAGGCGGUUGAGAGCUCCUAUGCUUUGGAGGUGUUAGCCAAAAUAUACGAGGUGAACAAGACCGAUACUUCGGUUGCGUUGUACGACGCUUUGGCAUUGAAAUACGACCCCAUCCGUGUCAACUAUUGGAAUUACCAGAAAAGAAACUUGCCUGUUGCACAGAACUGA